CCAGGUGCCGGGGAGCGCCUGCCGGGUUCUCCACGCGCGUCGCUCCGUCGGGCCGGCUGGGUCUGGUCGGGUCUCCGUCGAGCUGGGUCUGGUGGACGCGGAGCGGCGAAGCCCCUUCCCGAGCCGCGGCCUCGAGGCGGUUCCCGGCGGCCGGGGCCGGAAGGCGCGGGUCCGACACGGCCGCGGACGGCGACGUGGGCCGGGCGCGAGGAGUGACCUACAGUGUGUGUGCCAGAGGGCACAAAGUCACCCGGACAGCAGACUGUGACACUGCGCAUCAAGCACUCCCAGCUUCCAGUUCCUGAAUCAGAAAAGUACCUCAACCCUAAAACCCUUUCUUCAGAACGCUCAGCUUCCAGCACUCGCUGUGGGCGGGGCUUUUGACCUCCAGCAAGUGUGAGUGCGGACUGCACAUCCGGGCUCUGUUACUAGCAAAGAGAAGAUGGCGAUGGCCUCUGCAACUGUGGUGGUUCCUGCGGAGUGGAUCAAGAACUGGGAGAAAUCUGGGAGAGGCGAGUUUUUGCGUUUAUGCCGGAUUCUCAGUGAAAGUAAAAGCCGCGACACUUUGGCUUGUAGAGAUUUCCAACAAGCUCUCUAUGAAUUGUCAUACCAUGUCAUUAAAGGAACUUUAAAGCCUGAACAGGCAUCAAAUGUUCUUAGUGACAUCAGUGAAUUUCGUGAAGAUAUCCCACUUAUUCUUGCUGAUAUAUUCUGCAUAUUAGACAUUGAGACGAAUUGUUUAGAAGAAAAAAGCAAGAGAGAUCACUUUACACAAUUGGUAUUAGCAUGUUUAUAUUUAGUUUCAGACACAGUUCUAAAGGAACGCUUGGAUCCAGAAACAUUGGAAUCAUUAGGCCUUAUUAAGCAAUCACAGCAGUUCAAUCAAAAGUCAGUUAAAAUCAAGACAAAACUCUUUUAUAAACAGCAGAAGUUCAAUUUGUUAAGAGAAGAAAAUGAAGGUUAUGCCAAGCUUAUUGUUGAAUUGGGGCAAGAUUUAUCUGGAAAUAUUACUAGUGAUUUAAUCUUAGAAAUUCUCAAAUCUUUAAUAGGAUGUUUUAAUCUGGAUCCCAAUCGAGUUUUGGAUAUCAUUUUAGAAGUGUUUGAGUGUAGGCCAGAACACCAUGACUUCUUUAUAUCUUUAUUAGAAGCCUACAUGAAUAUGUGUGAACCACAAACACUGUGUCAUAUUCUUGGAUUCAAAUUCAAGUUUUACCAGGAGCCAAAUGGUGAGACUCCAUCAUCUUUGUAUACAGUUGCAGCAGUACUUCUGCAGUUUAAUCUUAUUGAUUUGGAUGAUCUUUAUGUACACCUUCUUCCAGCUGAUAGUUGCAUUAUGAAUGAAUACAAACGAGAAAUUGUGGAAGCCAAGCACAUUGUUAGAAAACUUACUAUGGUUGUAUUGCCUUCUGACAAAAGUGAUGAACGAGAGAAAGAAAAGAAAAAAGAUGAUAAAGUAGAGAAGGCACCUGACAAUCAAAAGCUUGGCUUGUUGGAAGCCUUGUUAACUAUUGGUGAUUGGCAGCAUGCACAGAGUAUUAUGGAUCGGAUGCCUCCGUACUAUGCAGCAUCACAUAAAGUAAUAGCCCUUGCUAUUUGCAAUCUUAUACAUGUAACUAUUGAGCCUCUUUACCGAAGAGUUGGUGUUCCUAAAGGUGCUAAAGGCUCACCUGUCAAUGCUUUACAAAGCAAGAAGUCACCAAAACAGGCAGAGAGCUUUGAGGACUUAAGGAGAGACGUAUUUAGUAUGUUCUGUUAUCUUGGUCCUCACCUUUCCCAUGAUCCCAUCUUAUUUGCAAAGGUUGUUCGCAUAGGCAAGUCAUUUAUGAAGGAAUUUCAGUCUGAUGGGAAACAAGAAAAUAAAGAGAAAAUGGAAGUUAUCUUUAGUUGUUUGCUUAGUGUUACUGAUCAGGUACUGCUUCCGUCUCUUUCUUUGAUGGAUUGCAAUGCAUGUAUGUCAGAGGAACUAUGGGGAAUGUUUAAAACAUUUCCUUAUCAGCAUAGAUACCGCUUAUAUGGCCAGUGGAAGAAUGAGACUUACCACAGUCACCCACUUUUAGUAAAAGUUAAAGCCCAUACAGUAGACAGAGCCAAGUACAUCAUGAAGCGUCUAACCAAGGAAAAUGUGAAGCCUUCAGGAAGACAGAUUGGGAAACUGAGCCACAGCAAUCCAACCAUUUUGUUUGAUUAUGUCUUGUCACAAAUACAGAAGUAUGAUAACUUAAUAACACCUGUGGUAGACUCAUUGAAAUAUCUCACUGCGUUGAAUUAUGAUGUUUUGGCCUACUGUAUCAUCGAGGCAUUAGCUAAUCCAGAAAAAGAAAGAAUGAAACAUGACGACACAACCAUCUCAAGCUGGCUUCAGAGUCUGGCUAGUUUCUGUGGUGCAGUUUUUCGUAAAUACCCAAUUGAUCUUGCUGGUCUUCUUCAGUAUGUAGCCAAUCAGUUAAAGGCAGGCAAAAGUUUUGACCUGCUUAUAUUGAAAGAAGUGGUUCAAAAGAUGGCAGGCAUAGAAGUUACAGAAGAAAUGACAAUGGAGCAGCUAGAGGCUAUGACUGGUGGAGAGCAGCUGAAAGCGGAGGGUGGAUAUUUUGGCCAGAUAAGAAACACUAAAAAAUCCUCUCAGAGAUUGAAGGAUGCACUACUGGACCAUGAUCUUGCCCUUCCUCUUUGUUUGCUUAUGGCUCAGCAGAGGAAUGGGGUGAUCUUUCAGGAAGGCGGAGAGAAACAUUUGAAACUUGUCGGAAAGCUGUAUGACCAGUGUCAUGAUACUUUGGUACAGUUUGGUGGAUUUUUAGCAUCAAAUUUAAGCACAGAUGACUACAUAAAGAGAGUACCUUCAAUUGAUGUGCUUUGUAAUGAAUUUCAUACACCCCAUGAUGCAGCAUUUUUUCUGUCUCGGCCAAUGUAUGCACACCAUAUUUCAUCAAAGUAUGAUGAACUUAAGAAAUCAGAAAAGGGAAGUAAACAGCAACAUAAAGUCCAUAAGUACAUUACAUCGUGUGAGAUGGUGAUGGCUCCUGUCCAUGAAGCAGUGGUCUCCUUACACGUUUCCAAAGUCUGGGAAGACAUCAGCCCUCAGUUCUAUACCACAUUCUGGUCUCUCACAAUGUAUGACCUUGCAGUUCCACACACCAGCUAUGAACGAGAAGUCAAUAAACUCAAGAUCCAGAUGAAAGCAAUUGACGACAAUCAAGAAAUGCCUCUGAAUAAAAAGAAAAAAGAGAAAGAGCGCUGUACUGCCCUCCAGGACAAGCUUCUUGAAGAAGAAAAGAAACAGAUGGAGCAUGUACAGCGAGUGCUACAGAGACUGAAAUUGGAAAAGGACAACUGGCUCUUAGCAAAAUCCACUAAAAAUGAGACCAUCACAAAGUUUCUCCAGUUGUGUAUAUUUCCUCGGUGUAUUUUUUCAGCAAUUGAUUCUGUUUACUGUGCUCAUUUUGUUGAGUUGGUCCAUCAACAAAAGACUCCAAAUUUCUCCACACUUCUCUGCUAUGACCGAGUUUUCUCUGACAUAAUUUACAUGGUUGCUAGCUUUACUGAAAAUGAAGCUAGUCGAUACGGGAGAUUUCUUUGCUGUAUGUUAGAGACUGUGACUCGGUGGCAUAGUGACAGAUCCACCUAUGAGAAGGAAUGUGGAAACUAUCCAGGAUUCCUUACUAUAUUACGAGCAACUGGAUUUGAUGGUGGAAAUAAAGCUGAUCAGUUAGAUUAUGAGAAUUUUCGACAUGUUGUACAUAAAUGGCAUUAUAAACUAACCAAGGCAUCGGUACAUUGCCUUGAGACAGGUGAAUAUACUCAUAUCAGGAAUAUCUUGAUUGUGCUAACAAAAAUACUGCCAUGGUACCCCAAAGUUUUAAAUCUGGGUCAGGCUUUGGAAAGAAGAGUGCAUAAGAUCUGCCAAGAAGAGAAAGAAAAGAAGCCAGACCUAUAUGCACUAGCAAUGGUCUACUCUGGGCAGCUGAAAAGCAGAAAGACAUACAUGAUACCUGAAAAUGAAUUUCAUCACAAAGAUCCUCCUCCAAGAAAUGCUGCUACAAGUGUACAAAAUGGGCCUAGUAGUGGGCUGCCAUCAUCUAUAGGAAGUACAUCUAAGUCAGAUGAAAGCAGUACUGAAGAGGCUGACAAGUCACGGGAAAGGUCUCAGUGUGGUGUGAAAGCUGUUAAUAAAGCUUCUAGCGCCAUACCAAAAGGGAAUUCAAACAAUGGAAUUAGUGGCUCUAACACCAAAGCUGUUAAGGAAAAUGACAAAGAAAAGGGGAAAGAGAAAGAAAAAGAAAAAAAAGAGAAGACCCCAGCUGUUAUUCCAGAGGCUAGGGUACUUGGUAAAGACAAUAAAGAAAAACCCAAGGAAGAACAGCCAAGUAAAGAUGAGAAAAUAAGAGAUACCAAGGAAAGAAUGCCUAAAUCUGACAAAGACAAGGAAAAAUUAAAGAAGGAGGAAAAAGCUAAAGAUGAGAAGUUCAGGAUCAUCGUCCCCAAUGUAGAAUCAAAAUCCACUCAAGAAAGAGAAAAAGAGAAAGAGCCAUCAAGAGAAAGAGAUUUAGCAAAGGAAAUGAAGUCAAAAGAAACUGUUAAAGGAGGGGAAAAAACACCAGUUUCUGUGUCCUUGAAAUCCCCAGUUUCCCGAACAGAUAAUGCAGAGCCCGAAAGAGAAAAACGUCGAAAGGUUGAUUCCCACCCUUCACCAUCCCAUUCUUCCACAAUAAAGGACAGUCUGGUCAAACUCAAGGAGUCUUCAGCAAAGCUCUACAUCAACCACACUCUACCGCCAUUGUGCAAGAGUAAGGAGAGAGAAACGGAGAAGAAAGAUUUGGAGAAGUCAAGGGAGAGAUCCAGAGAAAGAGAGAAGAAAGACGAAAAGGACAGGAAAGAGCGGAAAAGGGAUUAUUCAAACAAUGACCGGGAAGUGCCCCUAGACUUAAUCAAAAGGCGGAAGGAUGAAAAUGGAAUAUUGGCAGUUUCAAAACACAAAAGUGAAAGUCCCUGUGAGUCUCCUUAUCCAAAUGAGAAAGACAAGGAAAAAAAUAAGUCAAAGUCUUCAGGCAAAGAAAAAGGUGAUUCAUUUAAACCUGAAAAGAUGGAUAAAAUAUCCAGUGGGAAAAAGGAGUCUGGACAUGAUAAAGAAAAGGUAGAAAAGAAAGAGAAAUGGGACAGUUCUGGAGAUAAGGAAGAGAAGAAGCAUCAUAAGUCCUCAGACAAGCACAGAUAAUGAAGACUUUCAGCCAAGAGUGUGGGCAGGCCUCUGAGCUAAAGGUUUCCCUGCAGAGGAUGCCAGAGCUCUGUGUCACUCAAAACAAUAUCUUCUUUAAUUAAGAGCUCUUGGUGCUGUCCAUCUUAUGAGAAUCUGCUUUAAGUCAGAAGAUGAAUAUGCAUCACCAUCCUCUUGAGACAUUGCAAAGUCACUGGUUUACAGACCAUUAUUUUCACCUCCGGGCAGUUUCUUGCAGCAAGAUCCCUGUGCGUACAUUUUUUUCUUGAAACAACACCACCCAGGAACAGCAUCUAUGAAAUUUUCACCAGCUGAGUUUUAGAUCACCCUUAAUAAAGGGGGAAAAAUCCUCUUUUCUUCAAUGGAGGACUUCUGGAAGAUAUUUGAAAAUGACUUUGAAAGCACUCAUUUUCCCCUGAAAAUUGUUCAUUUGGUGGGGGAAAAAAAUCAUCUUUUCUAGACUGGAGGACUUCUGGGAGGACCUGCUGUGCAUUUACCAGUAUAUAAGAAAUGGACUAUGUUCCUACAGAGCAUGAGCAUGUCCUCAGUCUGCGGUGCCUUUUCCAAUGUGCUGCUUCAUCUCACAUCAUUGAUAAAAGAGAUUUGUACAGCUCCUACUAUGUGCCAGACCCUGUUCAAAGAUAGAGUAUCUCCCUCACAGAAUGCCUCUAAGCUCUUGAAACUCAUGUUCUAACAAGACCAUGAGCCAGCUUUUACAACCGUGUCAUGAUGUGCCAUUAUGUUCUUCACUGUUUCCUUGGCAUACUCCCAGUUGGCAUGGCUCAUCAUUGGCACUCAGUUGGAUGACUUAAGUGCCUUCCAAGAAUACAUGAAGGACCUUGGCAGUCAUCACAGAGCAUGGCCAGGCUUGACACCAGACACUGAGCAUGAUCUUCAGCAGAAUGAAGUUGGAGUCUAAUGCGGAGGGCCCAUUUGGAUGUCACACCCACCGUGAUUGUUGGUGGUGAUUACAUAUGUCCUCUCUGGAUCCUCGGCUGGGUGGUUAUGGGGUCCCUAGUAUAGAGAGCUUCUGCAGACAGGAUAGCAGCAAACCCUGAGUGGUGUGGUCCUCUGAGUUGUCAUUUCCUGCAGCCUGGUGAGAACACAAACAGACGCAUGGAGCAUUCCACUGGCAGCAUGGUGUCCCAGUCAUAGGUGUUGACCAUACAGCUAGAGAUCGUGGAGCUGGCCAGACUGAAGAGACAUGAGGCAUGGAAGACUGCUAGAUGCUGUGGCCAUGCCCUUAAAACUGCCUGUUGACUGGUGGUGACUGAGGUCACAGGGAACAGAUGAACUGCUGGUGCAGUGCACAACGGUUGGAGUGUUGGAACUGAUGAUACAGUGCCCCAGUCAGGCCAGCAUCUUCAGAUGACAGUGAGACUCAGCCUUGCCCCAGAAGUCCUUCACCUCCUUCCAAUCUACAGUGGACCUAGAAGUUGGAGGCGGAAAUGGAGAUGCCAGGAUCCACAUUUGGUAAUCCACUGUGUGGUCCUGAGUGGAUUUGCCAUAACAAGUACAAGUACAUUAUUUAUGCCUGAUAAUCAUAUGAUGCUGGUCUUUAUAACUAAUUAUUAAUCUUCUGCACUUGAUUUUAUUUUCCAUAAACUUUACCCAUGGAUGAAAGAAGAUUUAAAAUAACAAAACAAAACUACUUUUCCUCAUGUGACAGAUCUAGACUUUGAAAUAUUGAACCAAGAAAAAAAACAAAAACAAAAACUGGAAAGUAUGUUGAGAAGUACGCCCAAUUGCUGCCCUGCCUAAUUCUUUUCAGGUGACAAUGAAGUAGCUUUUUAAAGCUUGAACUAUAAAGGACUCCUGAGUACACUUCCAGCCACAAGUCAGCACUGCCAUUUUUAGCCAGCAUGUAGAAGAAAAGGAGGGCAUUUCUUCCCAUGCUGGUGGAACUAUGUGGUGGUUCAUUUCAGGUGUCCUCUACUGGUAAACUUUAUACUGAUAAACCAUAGUGUGGCCAUGUCCCCAUUGUGCUGGAGUUUGUAUGAAUAGUUAAGAUGUUUACUGCACUGUUUUUUUUUUGUUUGUUUGUUUAUUUCUUUGUUUUUUGUUUUGUCUACUUUCUCAUAGUUAAUGUUUGUGGAACUAACUGUAUUACUUGGAUUUCAUAUUGUUUUAGCUCUAUAAAAUGGCCCCAGAAAAUCUCCAAAUAUUGUCUCUAACUACAACAAAGGAGAAUUGUAUGGUUCCUUAAAUUCACACUAAUUCAACAGUUGGUGUUUUAGUGUGAAUAUUUUCGUCUCUUUUUCAUGUCUCAAUUUAUUUGAAACUCAAUAUUAAAAGCUAUCUAGUAGAACCAACUUAUUAAAUGUUACUUUAGUGUGCAGUGAAAUAUUCAGUUAAGCAAAUGUUUAAGAAAGAUACUUUGACUGUUUUGAAAUUCAUUAUGAAUCAUAAACCAAAACUCAUUUCAUAGUAUUUCAGAGACAUGGUCUCAAAUAUUCUUGGUCCAGUAUGUCAGAAUAGAAUUUGUAAUACAAAUAAAGUUUGCUUUAAUUAAAAGGGUUUUUUUUUGCUGCAAGUCCCAUCUAUUGUCAGAAAGCAUCAGGUAGAGUUAGCAUUAGUAGUAGUUGUUUUCAUUAGAAGAAGGAGGCUUUGACUAACUUUGUUUGUAACAAGUCUAUUCUCAGUAAGAGGGUUUUGUUUUCCAAACACACAACACAGUAUGAUUCUCUGAGAUCUGAAGGGAUCGAAAGAUACAGUUCAGGGCUGGUGGUUUACCCCCAGCUGUAGAACCAGUACAGAAACCCUGUUUUUAGUGCUGUGUCUUACAUUCUUGUGUUCACUUGAUUACUAAACUAUGUCAGUCCUUUCUCCAAUGAAAACAGGGGCCAACAAGUCUUUCAGAGUCAAUGAACAAAAUAUACUGAUUUUUAAACAGGUUUUUCAUAUGAUUUCGUCUCUGUCUCUUUUUUGAGUAUGCUGAACAAAUUCUUUCUUCCUAGGUGGUAAAGUUUGUGUUCCAGGCAUAUUGAGUUUAUAUAUUUAUUAUGUGUACCCUGUUGUUAAAUGAAAAUAAGUGUGGUAUCCAUAUACUGACCAUGUACCACAUAUCCAUUGCAGUCCCUAGAGAGUAUUUAUGAUACAUAUUAUAUACUGUGUUUUAUUAUACUUAUAAGAUUGUACAACAUCUUUCAUUUUACCCAUGAGCCCCAUCUGUUUGUUUUUUGGUUUGUUUGGGUUUUUUUCUUCUUGAGUCAAGAAUAAAGUUUAAUACCUUUACUGUACCUUGCCCUCGGUUGGUAUAAUUAGGAAGUAAAUUGUUCAAAUCUCCACAAUUAAGAGUUUCAGAGUUUGUGAUACUGGUCACUUGACUUAAUAAAGACUAGAUUAUAUGAACAGAAAAA